UUUUGUUUGAGCUUUCAAAAAACCUAACAAAAACUUCAUCUUUCCAAAAUGUUCAAAUUUGUUGCCUUCUUCGCUUGCAUUUCCGUGGCUUUGGCCGCUCCCGGAUUGGUUGCCGAACACCAUACCGUUGUCCAAGAACCCGUCUUGGCCAAGGUUGGUGCUGUGGUCCACAGCGUCCCCUCUGCCACCUCUCAUCAAAGUUUCACCCGAGUCCACAACAAGGCUGUUGUCGCCCCCCUUGUAACCCCUGUGGUUAAGACCACCGUUCAUGCCGCCCCCGUUGUAUCGGUUGUCAAGACUGUUGAACCUGUUGUGCCUGUGGUUAAAACCGUGGCUGCUGCCCCCAUUGUCAAGACCGUUGUUCCAGCUGUGCCAGUGGUAAAGACUGUUGCCCCAGUUGUCCCCGUUGUUGGUCAUGCAGUAUCCCACCAAUCUCAUGUUCAAAUUCACUCCAAUGCUGCCGUAGUUGCUCCUGUGGUUCACUCGGUCCCUGUUGUGCAUGCUGCUCCUGUUGCCCAUGUCGUCCAUCAUUAAAUCUUCG